AUGAACUCUGGUGCAGUAAAACGUGCCACUGUUCGCACCUGGACCCUAGCGGACAGUUACAGCUUCAUCGCGACUUUCCUAUGCCGUCACAGCUACAGCACGAGCGCCGAGCACCAGCAUCAGCCUCCUCAAAACCAAUAUCAAUAUCAUCACCAACACCAGCAGUACCCCCAGCACAGCCAGCGACGACGCCAGCACGAUGAAGCUUAUCUUCACUCCCGGCACUUCCACGACUACUUCGUGACCCACCUCCCGAGAUCCUCGCUACACCCCGACUCCGGUGCCUCCUCAGGCCCGCACCAUAAACUGCCCCGUUCAGCAUCGAUGCCGCACACAUCAAGUCAGGCAGGGGGUCCGUCUCCGGCCACCGUGCAGUCACAUAUAGGCCUAUCACGCGAGACAACCGUCGUCCGCAUCCCACUGCGCAGUGCAAAGCACCACUUUGGCGUCUGCGGGGCGCGUGGGACUCGCCCUGCUAAUGAAGACACAUACCAGGCUGGCGUAAUUGAUAUACCCGCAUUUGCACGGCGGGCACCGCUGUCGUUAACGAUUGGGGCACGGUCUGCGGCCGCUAAGGGUAAUGCCGGUGAUGUGGAGAAAGGGAAGAGAGAGGCGGUGGAAGAGAACCGUGGGGCGGAUAGCGCAAAUGGGGACCCGCAGGUGUUUUACUUUGGUGUCUUUGAUGGGCAUGGCGGGAUCGAGUGUAGUGAGUACCUGAGGGAUUAUUUGCAUGAGUACGUGCAGGAUGCUGCUGUGGCGUUUGAGAUGCAGUCAAGCUUGCAGAAGGGGAUUGCCACGGGGCGGACGGCUACGAGGAGGUUGCCGUGGACAAGGAGUAGGGUUAUGGAAGCAGGUAAAAGUUCGGGUGUUGAGGCGGAGACUGAGAGUGGCAAUUCGACACAUAGCAAGAAUCACGAGACAUUACCGUUACAGGGCGACCUGCCGAUCAUACAACCUGCUAAUAGGCAGAAGAUUGUAGAAUUGGAAAAGGAGUUGGUGGUUAACUGGAAAAAUCUGGUCGGGGGAUACUAUCGGCGGUUUCGCCCACAGCAUUUCUCCUGUUUUGAUGAAAACCGCACAUCCAGUUCUAGCGCCCAUUCCCAUUCCCAUUCCCACACCCAUGCCCACAACCACGCCCACGGCCACUCCCACGCCCUCUCCCACGCCCUCUCCCAUGGCCACUCCCACUCCCACUACACUACAACAACUCAAGGAGCCACAAUCGAAGAAAUGCUGGAAUAUGCUUUCCUAAAAGCGGAUUUUGACUUCAUCGCCGCCCAAGCCCUCAAGCAGGGCGACGACCCUGUCCAGGCUGAAAAGCCCCUCAACGAAUCCGACAUCCUCCACAACCCCAGCAGAGCCCGAUACCCCAUGCUCGGUGGACCCCACCGCUUUAAAGGUGGUAGCACCGCCAGCAUUGCCAUGAUCUCCACGCCCAGCCCAACGCCCUUCUGGCACCCGUCAUCCCCUUCCUCCCUCGUUGUCUCCCACGUCGGCGACACGCGCAUCCUCCUCUGCUCCACAGCAACAGGCCUCGCUAUCCCGCUCACGACGGACCACCACCCCUCCUCACCAAUUGAGGGGAGCCGACUGCGCCGCUACGCGGCGGCAUUUGUCACGGACUCCUUUGGCGAAGAGCGCAUGAGUGGUUUAGCCAACACGCGGGCCUUCGGGGACAUGCAAUCCAAGCGUAUCGGAGUCUCUGCCGAGCCUGAAGUGCGGCGUGUGGAAAUGGGCCCGGCGGAGUAUUCAUUCCUGGUGCUUAUGACGGAUGGGGUAAGUGGGGCGAUGUCUGAUCAGGAGGUUGUGGAUGUUGUGAAGGAGGCUAAGACGCCGGAUGAGGGUGCUAGGAAUGUUGUGGGGUUUGCGACGGAGGUGGGGGCUGAUGGGGAUAAUGCUACGUGUCUUGUUGUGAGGUUGGGGGGGUGGGAGAGGAGGCUUGAGGGGGGUUUGGGGAGUAUGGGGACGAGGGAGGAGAGGGAGUGGAGGCGCGUGGAGGCGACGGAUCCGAGGAGGAAGAGGAGGUAA